AUGGCGUCCUUCGUGCCGGGCCCCGAGUUGGUAGAGCGAUUCCACCGUGACGGCUUUUUGGUCCUUCGGGCUGAGGAGCACGGCCUGGUGAGGCCUGAGCAGCUGCAGGCCUGGACCAGAGAAGUACGCGAAUGGCCGGCCGAAAGGGGCAAAUGGAUGCCGUACCACGAGGUCAACACAGAUGGGACACGACAGCUCAUGAGGACGGAGAACUUUGUGGACUUUCAUCCCGAGUUUCAUGCAUUGCUGUGCGGCGAGGCGUUGGCGAAGAUACUAAAAAGCAUUUCGGGAGACGACAUGCUUCUCUUCAAAGACAAGAUCAACUACAAACUCCGCUCGGGCAACGGGUUUGCAGCGCACCUGGACGCGCCGGCAUACGACCACAUUGGCAAGAUCGAGCACCUCACCGCCAACUUCGCCGUUGACGAAGCGAACGCCGACAACGGCUGCAUCGAAGUCGUGCCGGGGUCGCACAAGAUGGACGUCGAACUCGCUCACGGCGGCGCCAUCUCCAAAGCUUGGGAAGACAGCCACGAGUGGACGAAGGUUCCGCUCCGGCCGGGCGAUAUUCUGCUGUUUGGGAGUCAUCUCGCGCACAGGAGCGCGCCGAACCGCACGAGUAGCAACAGAAGUAGCAUCUAUGCGACGUACCACGGGAAGAGUGACGGAUUGGACCUGAGGCAGAGGUACUAUAAGCACCGGAGGGAGAAUUUCCCGCCUGACCACGAGCGCGUUGCUGGGAAGGAUUAUAGCCAGGGCUAUAAGACAUACGGUUUCGCAGCUCCGUUCAUGUCGGAGAAGCAGGUUGAGCAGGAUAGCGUGAGGGUGCAGCCCGUUCACUAG